AUGCAGUUCCCUACUUUCGCCGUCCUCGCCAGCAUCAUGGUCGCUGGCGCCUCCGCUCAGGCCACCUACGAGACCGCAAACUACCUGUCCGUUUGCCAGCAGGGCACCAACCUCUUCUGCACGGGCAACACCAACGUCUGCCAGAAGGGCAAGACGGACACCUUUGACGCCAAGGCUACCAAGGCCAACGAGGAAGCCUGCAAGGGCCUUCAGCGCGGCAACAGCUGCACGCAGACUGUCGCUUGCGUCUAA